UUCAGAGAAAAAAUGGCAUUUGGCGCCAGAUUAUCAGCUUUAAAAGCAUGCUGUGGCUGUCAGUUGCGUCGAAUUAUUUUCCAUAAAAAUAACAAAUAUCGGCCGACCGGGAAAAACUGAGAAAAACGUGAUUUUUCUUCUUUUAAAUAAGUGGCUGCCCUUUUAUAAUACAACACCGGUACUGGUAGUAGGCUGCCAUAACUGUUUUUUGAUUUUUGAUCAAUCAGUUUGAAAAGUUUGACAGUGCCGAACGCUUGAAAUCUCUCGUACACCUGCCUUCUUCUAUUUUAUACCACCAUAAUGAAUCCUCAAUUUCAAGAAAUUGUUUCGCCAAGACAACUUCGGCAGAGUCCCAUUCGGGACAGCGGCUUGCAGCCACGAUCGCAAAUUCCUAGUCAAUCGAGAGGACUUCGUCCACCAGGUGGUUUCAAUCCUUCCGGCCGGAUUCCACCUCCGCAAGCAGGGCUCAAGCAGCAACCUCUAAAUCUGUUCAAAACACCAGGAAGUCAGCUUCGUGCUCCGGUUGACUUCCAUCCACACGCACACUCGAGUUUGAAGCCGUUUCAACCCCCGGUUCGAAGUACUCCAAUACAUGCUUCUCCAAGCAUGGAGAAAGUAAUUCCCCUUCCCGGGUCUUCUAGUGUACUAGCAUCGAUUCCUAGACCCUCAAGACGACCAGACGCUCCUAUCGGUUUAUCAAGGAUUUCCGCACCAGUUCGUGUAGUAUCUACUUCUCUACUUCCUAAGCCAUGUUUCAUGCGGUCAGGAAAAACGCCAAUUUCUAAAAUAGCGCCCCCAUCUAGACUCCCACCUCGGACAGUUAGAACAACUCCUCAACGCCAAGUUUCUCCUCCAUGGCAAAGUCCUCCAAAAUCAGCUCCAAUAACUCCGCGACCAAGCACAGCUCCUACCACUCCAGCAUCGGCGAGCGGAGUGCUACCCAAAACUCCAGCACGAAGACCACCUACGCAACUUCCACGAACUGCAGCUAAACAGCGCUUAGUCACUGAAGAUUCCGAUGCCGAAGUUUUUCAUAUAGCUGGGCGUGACAUACAGUUUGUAGAUUGGGCUCCUUCUCCAGAAACUCAACCAGCACCUAAAUCUGUAAAGAGACCGGUUGCGCACCCGGGUAAGGCUCGAAUUGCAAAAGGCUUUGUCAGAUCAGUGGCAGCAAUAAAUCCUGGGGACAGCCCCGAGGGCCCAACAUUACCUCCGCCAGUAGUUGAUGCCAUGCGAGCACUACAAGAAGCGAAAACUCGAAAGGUUUACGAAUUUCCCGACGAACCUUCGGUAGCUGCGGCAAAGGAAUUUGCGUACCAAAUAAAUGCCGAUCUGCAGCGGUUUCGGAGUAUGGGUGCUGACAUGUCAGAACUGAAGCAAAGAAAAGCCGCUAUCAUGUCUAAAGUCAAAUCAAUGAACGAUCGGCAUAAACAAGAAGAAAAUGCGUCUCUCGACAUGGAAGAAUUUCGGACAAAGUAUGGGAUUACACAAAGUCCAAAGAUGCGACAACUUCUAGAAGUGGCAGGCGAAUGGAAUCGUGUCAUCUUGGAAAAACGAGAGCUUGCGGAGGGAUUGGCAAAGGCACAACCUUUCGAGCUUAAGGCAAGACCGAAGCUAGUGCAAACGCUUCAAGGUUUAGCGGAAUUCCCUGGUGAAUCGCCUCAAGAUGCACAGCAACGUUCGGUUCUUGAACAGGCUAGACAAGAAAGAGUAGAUGCAUAUCAACAACGAAAAGAGGCUGAUAAGGAAUAUCGACGAAUAUUGGAGGAACGAAAAAGCAACAUUGCCAGUAGAAGACCAUAUUCUAAGGAGGAACGGGACGAUAUUAGACGACGAUAUCAGGAAGCACAAGAAUGGACCUACACUGCACCAACAGAGGAAGAGCUCGAUAAUGCUUUGAAGAUGGCGGAAAUAAUGGAAUUGGAAGAAGCAGGCCUUUCGUUGGUAGCCGAUCCGGAGAGGACAGUUGCAACUUUAUUCCCUGGAGCUGCACCCUCGGCACAAAUCACUAGUAUCGUAGGAGAUAUUCCGAUACCAAGGAAUAUUCCGACCGAAGAAAUUAAUACCAUCAACAGUUUGGAUCGAAGCACUGCUGAAAUUGCUCUCAAAGCCAGUUUAGUACCAGUUCCUGCAGAAGGUGUCACCAAGAAGGUUUUGGAGGCCAGUUUACAGGAAAUGGCCACAGCAACAAUUAAAUCGAUUCCGCAGCAGUUGGAUCCGAUGUAUGAAAUUGACCUGAAACUAGGGCAACCUAAACGAAAGAAUUACAUACAACUGCAAGGCUCAUCGAUUCCGUCAUGGUUUCCAGGAUUCUACAGCAUAUUUCCCGGUGCACCAGGACUGGUAAAGGCAAUGAAGUCACCCAGCACUACACUGUUGACUGCGUUUAGGCAGAUGCAAUCUUCGGCAGCAUCGUCUACGAUUUGAAUGCAUUAUUGUAAAGCACGGCAAAAUAACCAUCAAAUAAAUUUGAGUUGACAGUACAGCAAAUUUACGAUGCACAAUUGAUUACUUCCUUUUGCUCACUUUCUC